CUACAUCCCACUAUCAGUCGUUACAGAGAAACCUGCUAAACGAAAACUGAAGAUGACGACAUCCGAUUACCGGUGGUCCACCACAUUGGACAAUCUGAAUUGAGUCUAACCACUUCUACACAAAUUAUACGCCCGCGGUGGUACGAAGUAUGCCACCCACUACAGGGUACAAUCAUGCCAAUUGCAGAUGAUCUCUUACUGCUAAGAACUCAACUAAAUCAAAUAUCAUAAGCCCCGACCCAUCAGAUGAAGAGCUCCAUGCCGAAAGACACCAUGACACACGCACUAUGGACAAAGAUCAUCGAGGAUGCCUCAAUCCAGAGGUCCUCUCAGACCCUAUCAGUCCUCGGCGAUGACAUCUACAUUUACGGCGGGGAACUCCGGCCCCGAGAGCCCGUCGACUCGGCCGUGCAUCGCCUAUCAGUCCAUGAUACUAUAACAACCUCUUCAUUGACAAUCAGCAGCCUCCCCAACCCCCCACAACCCAGAGUCGGCGCCGCCUCGACCGCCCUAAACGGUCAGAUCUACAUCUUCUCCGGCCGCGGCGGGCUCGCCAUGGCCCCGAUUGAAGAAACCGGCGCAUUCCAGAUCCUCGAUCCCCAGCGCGGAUGGUCCUACCUCAAGCCUGACAAUACAUCCCCCUACCCCCAGGGCCGCAGCUACCACGCGCUCACGAACAACGGCUCAGACACCAUCUACCUACACGCCGGGUGUCCCGAAACCGGCCGUCUACGCGAUCUCUGGGCCUUCCAUGUCCCAUCGCGUGUUUGGACACAGCUACCCUCCGCACCGGGUCCUGAACGUGGCGGGUCUUCGAUCGCGUACUCCGAUGGAAAGAUCUACCGCAUGAACGGAUUCGACGGGGCGAUGGAACUAGGCGGCGCGGUGGAUGUGUUUGAUCUUGCGGCUAACGAGUGGAGGAACAUCUCUUAUGCGGCGGAUGGAGUAAAAGGUCCAAUUGCGCGGAGCGUGGCGUGUCUUUUGGCUCUUCGGGUUGGUGGAAGACAGUCGUUGGUGACUAUGUUUGGGGAGCGGGAGACGAGUGAUUUGGGUCAUCUUGGAGCGGGCAAGAUGCUUUCUGAUAUGUGGGUUUUUGAUAUUCAGUCGGAGAUGUGGAGGAAGGUGGUUGUGGAUUCUGAGGAUCGGCCUCCGGCGAGGGGCUGGUUUGGUGCGGGUGUAGUUGGUAGUGGUGCCGAGGAGGGGAUUGUGGUGCAGGGAGGACUGGGCGAGUCGAAUGAUCGGUUGGGCGAUGUGUGGAUGCUCAAGUUUGAAGGGAUCUAAAGAGAAGGGGUAAUUGCGCUGGGCUAUUUAGAUCUUCCACUUUAGAGUGGAAGUAUAUUUGUGUGAGACAGGCAUAUCCCAUCAUUCAAGACAAGCUAGAGACAGCUGACAAGGAUCAAGUAGAAGAGAAGGACGUUAUACAGUACAAAUCAUGGUUAAUUUAUUCUCUUACAGACAGC